CUACUAUAUAACAAAUAAUUUGAGAGUUUAUGAUGUAUGUUUCGGUCGGGUGAUACUAGUCUUCAAAAUGGGAUGGCACAAGAUGGCAUCCAGGUCCUCCCAAGGAAUGCGAUAAAACGACGGCCUUCUGAUCCGGGGAGUGAUGAUGACGGCUGGCGUAAAGCUUGGCAAAUCAAGUUUAAAUACGGGAAAUCCAACAAUUUGUCAGUGUGGCUGAUUGAUAGACUGACCCGAUCAGAUGGCGGAAGGUGGAUAAGCAUGGAAGAAGGAAGAUUUGAGCUUGAGUGGAUCGACACGGCUAAUGCCUGGUAUGCAGAACGUCAGCGGAGGAGCAAGUCGAGUCAGUCUACUCACCUCCUUUACAAAGCUAUACAGGCAGCGUUCCCAAACAUAGCAGAGGAAUCGAGCGAGAAAAACAAGCAUAUUUUCGUGAGAAGGUCCUUCAAGCUUCCUGAUGAGCUAUGUGAUGAGGUCAGACAAAUCGUUAUAGGAACCGGAACAAAACGACCACAGACUAAAACUAUACAGAUUCCUGGGGCUUCUGGAGGCAUCCAUAAUCCACACAUGCCACCUUUUCCUCUGGUGGACUCCGCUUCAGUUCUCCUCCCCAAAGCACAAUACAAAGUCCCGGACACCCUGAUGAAGGACUUCAUGUCAGCUGUCAGCUCCACCAGCAUUAUGAACCCUGAGAACCCAGCUGGACCUCCUAUAACUCAAUGUGAGCUGCUCUAUAGACCAGAUAGCUGGCAGGCGGGUUGUCAUGAUAUAACCUCCUCCUGGAACAUGGAUAUACCCACAGAGCGGAUAUCACACAUUCCUGAGAUCACACCUGGGUCUUCUCCUAAACAUGAUCCACACGAACCCGGGCAUUCUGAUCACAAGAUAAGGAGCCCACCAAUGUCCCCUGGUUUUCUAAAAGACGUCACAUAUCAGGCUAACUGCCACGAGGCAACAUUCGAACAGAUCUGUGAGUACGCUAAACAGCAGCUGGAGAUAAUCCACAAGUGGGCGAGUGAGAUGCCGUCUUUCAAGCACCUCUCCUGUAACGACCAGAAAGCGCUCUUAACUUCCAGUGCUCCUGAAAUCCUUGUAUUUUCUAUUUGCUGUUUUUCUGUUCAGAACAAAUGUGGACCGGAUAACUUACUACUGGACAAAGACCUGGUAAUAUCCCGGACUAACCGGCAGUUCGAGGUAGCUAUUAGGAACAUUGUCUCCUUCAUCAUCGACACCAUAGUGGACCCGCUCAAGGAUGUGAAAACUGAUCGGUAUGAGUUAAGCCGGCUCAGACGAAUCAUUCUUUUUAAUACAACUACAAAAUCGACACAUCAGAAUCUAAAAGAUCCGGAGGAGGUUAGAAAGUUACGACGAACUGAGCACGUGCUUUUACAGAAAUACACGGACAAUACACAGGGCAGGAUAGGUGAGCUGCUACUCCUCCUCCCUCCCCUCACCACUGCUGGUACCCUCUUUGUAGAACACCUUCACUUGGAGAAAUUAGUCGGGGACACUUUCGAUAACCUCGUUGCUGCAGAACUCUUAUUGGCCAUGGGAAAUGGGUAAUUUGUUGUCACGUGAUGCGUUUUAUGACGUCACGUGUUGCGUUGUAUAAACAGGAUUAAACAUAAAUUAAACAGGAUUAAACAUAAAUUUGUCAAUGAGAGCCCUAACACUCACGUCUUGACUAUACAUCAAUAUAAUAGAAAUAAAUAAAUAAAUAAUGUGCAAGAGUUUUCUUAAAAUAAAAAUUUAAAAAUCAUAAAAAUUUAACUUCGUAUAACGUCACGUGACGUCAUUUUGCGUACCAGGGAUCUGCAAUUGGCUGAAUGAUUUAUAAAUUACGGAACAAGAGGUUUCUGUUUUUCAAACUUACCCUUAAGAUGUCCGGGAUGUAUUAAAAUUUUGCAAGUCCUCUUUUAUAUACCCUUUUAAUUAAAAUCGUUAAUUUCGUGAUGUGUUGUGCGAUUAUUUUACCCCUGAAGAUAUUUGAUUUUCCCAAAACUAUCAGAUUAUCGUUUUUAUUACGUAGAAAGAUAUGUUUGAUAUGUAUUAAUUAUAAAUACGUUAGUCCUAAUUAGAAGUACGUACUACAGUGUAAUAAUAACGUCCUUUAUAAUAACCUGUGAGACUUGAGCUUUUUAAUGUUUAAGUUCGUCAGUUACUUCCCAAUUGAUGUUUUAUUUUCGAAAAUGGUUUUGAUUUAUGUUUGUGCCUUCGGGUAUGCACUUAAAAUAUGUCUUUAACUUUGUAAGGUUUCUACUGAAUGGCAGCCACUUGAGACUUUUAUACUUUUUAUCGACUCUAGAGUCUAGAUCUAACGGUUAGCUGUUUAAUUUUACGAGGUGUUGUCGUACUUUAAUUAGUUGUACGUGUUGAAGGUGAGUUCCUUGUGUUUAUAGUUUUAAAGUGGAGAUAGUUAUGUUUUUAAUCGAAUAUGUUAAUGAUACAAGAGAUUUAUUUUUAUUCAGAUCUAAAA